AUGAGCAAGCCAUUAGCCUUCGGGCUGAACCUCAAGAAGCCCAGCGCUUCCAAGCCCGCUGCGCCGCGUCGCAAGCCCAUACUUGGCGGUGACGAAUCCGACUCCGACAGAGAAGAUGGAGAUUCCAACACAAAAAUCCAGGCGAUUGGCGGCGACCUCGAGGACGAUUUCGGCGCCUCGCGACCACAACUAGACUCUGGGCCGCGCAAGCCCAAAUCAAAACCCGGACUGGCUGCGAAUGGGCCGCCGCCAAAGCUCAAUGCAAAGUCACAACAUAAUGCAAUGUUUGGCGAUCUGUCAAGCUCGCUCGCGUCGCGCAAGAAUGCUGCGGCCGCGGCCGAGGUCGACGCCAGCGUGUACGAGUACGACAACGUCUACGAUUCGUUCAAGCCCAAAAAGCAAGCGACGAAAGAAGACGUAGAGAAGAAGCCAAAAUACAUGAAGAGCCUGAUACAAGCCGCCGACGUGCGCAAGCGCGACUUGCUCAUCGCCGAGGAGAAGAAGAUUGCGCGCGAGCGCGAGGCGGAAGGCGACGAAUUUGCCGACAAGGAGAAAUUCGUGACGGCGGCGUACAAGAAGCAGCAGGAGGAAAAUAGACGGAUAGAAGAGGAAGAGAAGAAGCGGGAAGAGGAGGAGGCCAAGAAGAACAAGGCCGGUGGCAUGUCGGCGUUUUAUCGCCAAAUGCUGGACAAGGACGAGCAGCGCCACGCCGAGUCCGUCAGGGCGGCCGAAGAAAUGGCCAAGAAUUCUAGCAGCAAGAAGGAUGAUGCUAAUUCAGGCGUCGAAGAAGAUGAAGAGGACGACGAGAAUGCACAAGCGGCGCGCGCCAGAGCCAUGAACGAAAAAGGCGCGUCCGUCGACGUCAACGAGGACGGGCAGGUGGUGGACAAGCGCCAGUUGCUGCGCGGCGGUCUCAACCUGGACAAGAGGAAGGCGGCGGCCACGCAGCAGCAACAGCAGCAGGGCAGACCAGCUGAGCGCGAGCGCAAGGACGGUCAUGCGCAGGGGCAGGCCGGCCGGCGACAGGCCAUGCGGGAGCGCCAGUCGCGGAUUAUGGAGGAGCAGCUGGAGCAGUCGAUGAAGCGCGCGUUUGACGAGGAGGAGGCCAAGAAGGAGGAGCUGGAGAGGGCGUCCAAGAGCCGCAAGACGGAGGGCGAGAUCUCGAGCGCCAAGGAGAGAUACUUGGCCAGAAAGCGGGCGGCGGAGGAGGCCAAAAAGAACGGCAGCGCCGCACCGUGA